UAGAGGGACGCCGAACAAAAUUUUACUUCUGAAACAGGGUUUAGGGUUUAAUACUUUAAUCAAGAAUUUUUUUCAAAUUCCAAAAAUAAAAUUCGAAGAAAAGAAAUUUAGGAUUUGCUUAUCUAGUUAAAUUUAUACUGUAUACAAAUUCCAAUGAUUUUCCGGCGAGCAGCUGCUAAACUACUCGGAGGAUUCCGGCUAUCUUCUUCUGCCACGUCACUUCAGAAAAGAUCUUCCAUUUUUCUGUCCAAUGCAGUUUCAGGAAAACUUGAGUGUGUUAAUCAACAUGGCUUUGAAGGUGAUAGUUUGAGUAGGCACCCAUUCAAAUGGAUAUUUCUAUUUGGACAAGCUGUAAUCCUUGGAGGACAAGCUACUGUUGUGAUGGCUGAAGAUGUUUCGACUCCUGUGAGUUCUAAUGAUGCAAAUGAGGCUAAAAUAGCUGGAUUGCAAAAAAUUGAGGAUGGCUCUAUCACAUCAAAUAUACACACUCAGAAAUGGAGAGUCUUUACAGACAGUGGAAGGGAUUUAUUCUUACAGGGAAAGAUGGAGGAUGCUGAGAAACUUUUCCUUGCUGCCAUCCAGGAAGCUAAAGAAGGUUUUGGGGACACAGAUUCGCAUGUAGCAUCUGCAUGCAACAAUCUGGCAGAGUUGUAUAGAGUUAAAAAGGAUUUAGACAAAGCAGAACCUUUAUAUUUGGAGGCAAUCAGUAUCCUCGAGGAAUCAUUUGGACAUGAUGAUAUACGGGUUGGGGCAGCGCUUCACAAUUUAGGUCAAUUCUAUCUUGUGCAACGAAAUUUAGAACAAGCUCGUGUUUGCUAUGAGCGUGCUUUAAAGAUAAAGAGGCGUGUGUUGGGGGAAGCUCACCCUGACUAUGCUGAUACAAUGUAUCAUCUUGGAACUGUUCUGCGCCUCCAAGGGAAAGAGAAGGAUUCUGAGACCCUUAUUUGGGAUUCUAUUCGGAUUUUAGAGGAUGUUGGUCAAGGUGAAUCUAUCAUAUGCACCAAGAGGAUGCAGCAUCUUGCUGAGAUGUACUUGAAGUCCAACCGAAUUGCAGAGGCAUUGAGCCUGCAGAGAAAGAUCUUGCAUAAAAUGGAACUGUCUAAGGGAUGGGGUUCUCUGGACACAGUACUUGCAGCAGAUCGCCUUGCCCUAACCCUUCUGACUCAAGGGAGCUUAACAGAUGCUCAACAGCUUUUAGAAAGAUGUCUUGAUGCCCGGAAAACUCUACUUCCUGAAAAUCACAUUGAGAUUGCAGGCAAUAUUCUUCAUAUAGCUAGACUGAAAAUGCUUAGCUCCAAUAAACUAAGGAAGACGAAUGUUACUCAAGCAAUCACUGAGCUUGAUAUGGCAAAGGAUCUUUUAAGCCAAUCAAUUAGGGUAGCCCGAAAAGUUCUAGCUCAAACAGUAAAAGAGAGAGGACAGCCGAAAUCCUUUGGAGUAUCCAAGCAAACUGGAAGAUACAGACAGUUAGCACUAAUGACCCUGUUGAAAUCACUUAACACCCUUGCAUUGUUGGAGGUGGCAAAAGUGGAACUUCAGGAAUCAAAGGUGGAUGGUCUUGUUGGUGAGGCUGAGAAUGCUCUUCAUCAAUGCAUUUCUGCUUUCAGGGAGUUUGAGACAGAGAAAUCGUUGGCUGAUAUCCCUGAAGUAAAAUCGGAUUAUCUUUCAUGCCUGAAGCAUCUGUUUGUUCUAAUAAACAGCGGUGGCAAAAGCCUGACCGCUGAUCAGUCCAGAAAAGCCGAUUUACAGCAACUGAAAGCCGAAAUUAUCCGCAUGGAAAUGGAACUCUCAGCCAAAGGAGGACCCAUAAGCUAAGUCUUUACAAUAUUUAAUUUUAAUUUUUAGACCAUUCGAAUAAAUAUAUUUUAUGAAAUGACUAAUAAUGCAUUCAUUAACGAGCCGACAGUCUAAAUAAAUAGUUUUUAUUUGUGGAAUUAUUAUUAUUAUUAUUAUUAUUAUUAUUAUUAUUUGUCCUUA